AUGUUACCUACUACCGUCACCACCUCUCGACGUCCCUCACUGCGUAAUCGCAGCUCAUUCAUGGCUCAGACGGACUUGUUCUCUGAUUCUCGCACGCAUGGAUAUCAAGGUCCCAACCGCCAUGUUGCAUUUCCUCGUGCGAGCUCCAGUGGAGGUGGUGCCAUCGCAAAAAGCGAGGAUGGGACGAGAUGCGUGGUCGCAGGAAGAGAAUCUUUGCGCAUCUUGCGCAUGUCCGACCCCACCCCAGGCCUGUCUACUCCGAUCGAUCACAAGUAUGUGAUUGGUAGAGGCGGUCAUCGUAUCGAGGCGUCGCGCAACUUUUGGGAAGGCAGUGGCUUAAAGAUCGACAGUGCGACCACGGAUGUUGCUUGGGGUCAUGGAAUUUUCAGCAAUAAAAUUCUCACCAGUGCCCGAAAUGGUGAAUUAAUCAUGUGGGACCUGAACAAGCCAGGUUCGUCCAAGUAUGAACGAAGGGCACGAGACCAUGUUCGAUCAAUUCAUGCCCUCUCAUAUUCCUCCAUCGUCCAGAACUACUGUAUGACUGGUUCUGCUGAUGGCGAUCUUCGUGUUUGGGACCUCAGAGAUCUUUCCAAAUCGAUCAUGAGGAUCCGUCAUCCUACAUGUGUUCGUGCCGUUGUCUUCUCUCCGAUCCCUUGGCGACCCCUUCGCGCCAUUACUGCUUUAGACAAUGGUUGUAUAUACAGAUGGGAUCUUAACAUGGGCCAACGUGGACAGCUCGACAGGAUCCCUGUUGCACAUGCUGGCCCUAUCCUCGCACUCGAUUGGUCUCUUCCUUCCUCAACGUUGAGUCCCGCACGCUGUACCGUUCAAGCAAACUGGUACGGUGGCACAAGCUCUGGAAUGUUAGGCGACAUCCUGCCUGGUACUGGAAGCUUGCUAGGUGGUGGGAGUGCUGGUGAGCCGGAAGGAACAGGGGAGGGGUGGGUCGCCAGCGGCGGUCUGGAUAGGUGUGUGAAGAUUUGGGACUUAACAGGAGUAUCUGAUAAGUCCCACAUAUCUCACCAUCCGACGUACACAUUGCGUACCGCCUUUCCGGUCCGUCGCGUCCUAUGGCGACCAGGGUACGAGUGCGAGCUGGCGAUCGUUUCGAAUGCAGACUUCGGCACUGGUGGCAAUUCCGAUCUAUCCCACGUAAGUGUCCCCUCAACUGCAGGGCCAACUUCAGGACCUUCAGCAAUCUCGUCGGGCAUGGAAAACGUGACAUCUAGUCCCCGUCUUGGCGUGUCUCUCAACAUCGUCGACGACGCGGACAAUCCAGAGAUGAGUGCGACUUCAGUAUCAAGAGGCGACAGGAGCGAUCCCAUUGAAGUCUGGGACGUGCGGAGGGGGUACAUCGCGAAGUGGUCCAUCGGCAAGUCAGGGAUGGAGGGCGGAGUGACCGAUGUGGCCUUUGCUGACCCCCACGCGAUUUGGGCGCAGCAUUCUUCUGGGACCUUUUCCCAACUUGACCUACGUCAGGCUAGCAAACCACUCGAUGCGAUCCCCCGCACAUCAGUGACAUGGGACGCGUCGGGUUCUCUCACCUUCGUGAGCGACCGUCCAAGGCCUUGGGAUGUUCCAUAUGAUGACAUCAAACCGGAGAAGAAGGAACAUCUGCAGGAAUGGCAGAGCAAGGUGAAGGCUUUGGGCGAUGCUACAUUUGUGCCCAGUACCCAGAACAUGGGUAUGUUCACGUACGACAACUCCGGUAAUGAUUUAGAGACGUUCGUGAAGCUUGCGCAAGGGUACAGAUAUGAAGGUAGUGACAAGCAGAGCAUCUGUGCGUGCAACGCGCAGGUUUCUAUUGAAGCGAGGGAGUAUGGAGCGGCUCAAGUAUGGACGAUCCUCGAGAAUUUACUUACCGAUCUCAUUAAUACCUCGCCAACGUCUCAUCUCGCAGUGCAACCGUGUGCAACCAUUGGCUUACCUCACUCGAUAUCUGCGCCUGCCGCUAUCCCCACCUUGACUUCGCUCCAACCAUCCACACCUCUAGCGCCACGAUCAUUAUCUACUGAUGCAGAAUCCGUCCACAAAAACGUCAAGGAGGUCAGCCCUAACACUAGUUCACGACACCGCGAUGAUAGGCAAGGUUCUCUCAGCCAUUCUCCGCACCGUCUAACUCCCACACCUUCACCUGCUUCCUCACCUCAUCCGACAAGUAAUUCGUUGCCCCCCACGACGAUCUUCGCGCGUCGGGACUCCACUGCGGGUUCGUCCAUCAACACAAAGCGGCCUCGUCUUCCGUUGUCGCCGCGACGUCCUUCUUUCUCCACGAAGAGUAUCCAUAGCGUUCAUAGCGAGAGCCCGAACGACAAGAGCCACGGUAGCCUGCGUCACAUCGGCGAAGGCGCGCUAGAUGACUCCGACUCUUCUGGAAGUGACAGUAAAGCGGGCAGUGUGGACGAAGAAUUGAAGAGCGAUGGAGAAAACGAAUCACCUCUCCGACCUCCUGCAUCUCCCUAUCUCCAUCCACGUGUUGGUACUGCCAACCCUAGUCCGCUGUCUCGUGUAGCUGGACAACAUACGUGGACGGAGGACGAGAAGGAGGAUGAGGACUCGCCUUCGCCCGGGUCGACGUCCGAGUCGGAGUCAAGCGAUACGUCUUCCCCGGGCAGGGUGGGUAAAACGAAGUCGCGUAGAGACUCCACGCGCAGCCGGACACGCAGUCGCAGUUCGACAGUGGCAUCGUUGGCAGUGGCAUCCCAGCACAUUCUCGUGAAGUGCCCAUCUCGCAGUAGCAUCCGAACCGUUACUGCUACGCCUGUGCAAGACAGCAAAGUCGAAGCUGCGUUAUGGAGAGACGAUACCCUGCGCGAGCCGCUCUCAGCCAAGCAUUCCACCCAUAAGCGCUCGGUGUCUGAGGCACUGUCCAGUGAAUUUCUAUUGGAUGGUGAUGAACGUCCAGAGGACCAUGCUCACUCGUCUACUCAAAGUGAUACCCAUCGGAAGGUCAUCCAAGAAGCCGAGUUCCAGUUCAGAAACCUCGGAUGGGAAGCUAUGCGAGAGGAAUUCAGAGCUUUGGCUGACGAAGGUAACGUGCAGAUAUGUACUUUCCUCGCCAUUGUCGCGCCGGAAGAGCUGAAGGUGACGAAGUCAAGGAUGGUCCGAUUUCUCGAGUCGUACAUUGACAUGUUGAGUCGAUUGCGCUUGCAUGCCUGCGCUGCGUACAUGAGGAAGUUUGUCGACGCAGAGGAGAUCCGUGCGACAACCGCGUUGCAAACGACGAUUCACACUGCAUGCGGUCGCUGUCGCAAACCUAUCAUCGUGCCAUUAACGGGGGCUAACUCUACCGUCAAGCCGAAGGGCAUCUACUCCUACUGCUCCUCAUGCAGAUCCAACGUCGCGAAUUGUGCCAUCUGUCAUCUGCCUGUGCGAACACUGCUGUUCAAGUGCCCAGUGUGUAUGCACGGUGGCCAUCAGGAGUGCUAUCGCAAUUAUUACAUGCGCCGUCCCAUGGUGGAGCUCACUUCACCUUCAUUCCCUCCUCCCGGUGAACGCCAGUCGCUCUCAGGCUCAGAUCCUGGGAUGACUGUUGUUCCACCACGAACCCGGGGCCGUGCGACCUCGCGAAGCGGGUCUACUACUGGCGGGGACAGCGAUGGCGGUUCGGACGACAGCCGUGGGACGGGAAUUCGAAGCGUUGUGGCAGAGGGAAGGGCUAGAAUAGAUGGUGGAGAACAGGUGUACGAUGCUUCUGUGCAGGUUUUGUUGGGCCAUCCGUGCGCCGUAGGGUGUGGCCAUCAUUGUUGGGUUGUGAAUGCGAAGUCUCUCCCUCAAUAG